UCUUCCAUUCUCAUCUUCUUAUUCAACUUCCAUUGUUUUAUUUUUCAUUUUUCAUGCUUUUACAUUUUAGUUUUCUGCUUUUCUUGUGAUCAUUGGGUUUUAGGGCUUUCUGUGGAAUUGCAUGUUGUGGGUUGAAUUUUUUUUGUCUUUCUUUUGGGGGUAUGAUUUUGGGUUAUUGUAAUCUUAGCAAUUGGUUGAAAUUUGAAAAUUUGAACUUUGGUUUCUUAUAAUUCGUAAGGUGGGGUUAGUGAAAGUCGAGGGAUUUCUUUUUACUUUUUUCUGCACACAUUUUAGCUGCGAUGGUUUUGUAGGAGAAAGGUGCUGAUUUGUAGUUGGAUUGUUCUAGAAGAAAGGGUUUCUAUUUUUUUGUUUUUCGUGGGGAAUAUACUGUUGUUGAAAAAUAAUAGUUUCAAAAGUUGUUGAUCAGAAAAAUGAAAUCUUUUGUUUUGGGGGAGGAGUUCAUUUUAAGAAAGUGACCUCGCCUUUUAUGAUGGAAUUACUUGGAGUUUGAAGCUUUUCUUAUGGUUUCUCUUUUUCUGUAGCUGAGGGUUUCGAGAAUUGAGGGAAAUUGAACACAAGAGAAACGUUUGAAGGAGCUUUUGUUUUUGUACAAGAAUGGGUGAUCACAUGGUUUUGUGCGUGGACCGCCUCAUUACACCUGAAAGUUUGCAGUCGCUGCAGGGAACUACUGUUCAGGGAUCUUCUUUAGAAUCUUCAUCUUCCCAAAAUUCAGAGCCACCUGUUUGUGCUAUAGCUGUUGAAGGUGUGGAUGAACAUGAUGGAUCUGAAGAAGACCCACUUAUUCAGACAGUUGAAUGUCGAAUAUGUCAAGAAGAGGACAGCAUUAAGAAUUUGGAGGUUCCUUGUGCUUGCAGUGGCAGCUUGAAGUAUGCUCACAGGAAAUGUGUCCAGCGAUGGUGCAAUGAGAAGGGAGAUAUAACCUGUGAAAUCUGUCAUCAGAAUUAUCAGCCUGGUUAUACCUUGCCUGUACCUCCCCCUCGCUCGGAAGAUGCCACCAUCGAUGUGAGUGAAGGUUGGGCAGUCUCUGAAACUGCUUUAGAUUUGCAUGAUCCACGACUUUUGGCUAUGGCAGCAGCAGAACGCCACUUUCUUGAGGCAGAAUACGAUGAAUAUGCAGAUGCCAGUGCGAAUGGAACGGCAUUUUGCCGAUCUGCUGCUCUGAUUUUGUUGGCCCUCUUACUGUUGAGGCACGCUCUAUACCUUACAAAUGGUGAUGGAGAAGAUGAUGCUUACACUUUCUUCUCGCUUUUAUUGCUGCGAGCUGCCGGGUUUCUUCUUCCCUGCUACAUAAUGGCAUGGGCCAUCAGCAUACUACAGCGUCGAAGACAAAGACAGGAAGCUGCAGCGCUUGCAGCCACUGAAGUUGCAUUUAUGCUGCAGGCAGCACAAGGUCAGAGCCUUCAGUUUACAAUUGCUCCAGGGCCUGUGGUUACACCUCAUCAAGAGCCACUCCAAUAAUAAUGUUUCUUUAUGAAGUGCAUAGAGUUAUUAUAUAUAUUAACUCCAACCUAAAUUUAUUCUACUGCAUUUCACCAUUCCCUUCCCCCCCGUUUUAAAAAAAUGUUAUCAGUAAACUGUAAUUUCCUAUCUUCCACUUAGUAUCCACUGCAAGUUUUUUCUUCGUACUGCUUUAAACCUGUCUCUUGCAUUAUGUAUCUUCAUUUUCUGAGUUAUAUCUUGUAUAUAAUUCUGGUUAUCACCUAAUCAGUGAUGGUUACCCCAGAGAAUUGAGUUGCUUUGUUCAAAAGGUUCUUCCUGUAUAACCAUUAAUAUAUGAUUACUGAUGUAUGAUCUACUUGAGUUA